UAUGACGCAUGCGCAUUUUACUUCGGACGUGAUAUUUGAAAGUUGUUGGUAUUUUCCGAGUUGGAUGAUCAAUCUUUGAAAACAUCAGGCUCUUUCAACCAUGUCGUCCAGAUUAGGAGGUAGGUCCUCUCCCAUCUCCCCUGUCCUGUUCCUGACGGUAGACGGUGAACCCAUGCGAUUCUUCCUGCGUCCCGGCCCCACCAAGGUUCACCUGCAGCCCAUCAUCAAGGCAGGCGGAGGCCUGGUGUGCAGGGCCCAGGAGCCUGGGGCUUUCCUACUGAUAGACCCAGAGGAGAUGGGGUCCGUUGCGGGUUCGGCAGCCCACUGGUACGUGUCCACCCAGUACAUCCGGGACUGUAUGGAGACGAAUCAGCAGCUGGAGGUGGAGGAUUACCGCUUCAAGCCUGACAACGUAAAGGUGAAAGUCCAGACCAGGUCAGAGAAACAGAGCGUAGGUAACAGGGGACGCAUGUGCUACACUCUGAAAGAGGAUAAGGCCAUUAUGACGUACAUCUGUGAGCACAAGCGUGAGUCGCGUGGGAACAGGAUAUGGCAGGAGAUGGCGAAGAAUGGUCUGACCUGUCACAGCUGGCAGUCGAUGAGGGACCGUUACCUUAAACAGCUCAUUCACAGACAACCUGAGCCUCGGGACAGCAGGGGAAGGAACAAAACUGUCGCUACUGCUGCAUCGGAGGAGAACGGAGGGAACUCGUCUGAGAAAGAGAGAGAGAAAGACAUCCCAAUACAGACCUCCUCACUUCAGAAAGAAUCACCACAGCCUGAUAUUAUUACGCCGUCGGCCCAAGAGUCAGACGCCUCAAAGACUUCCUCUGAAUCCCAACUCCCUCAGGCAUCAUCAUCAUCAGACACUGGUCUUCAACUCCCACAGAUGUCCCCUCAGAAAGACCAGGCUCAGUGCUGUCCUGAAGGACCGGGAACAGAGGAAUCAACUGUGGAACCAGAGAGAGAUCCCUCGCCCCAACUAGAGCCACCAGCAGACCCUGCCCAGUCUGACACUGCAACACCACAGCGGGUCCCUUCUAAGAGACUCCACCAGCCCUCUCCUCCUGGGGGCAAACACACACAUCCCCAGACUGAGGAGGCAGCAGCCAUCCCGUCACUUAAAAGAGCCAGGUUAAAUAGUGGAGCAGUGGCAGAGGUCCUGGAGAAAAGGGAUUCAGCUGUUACGUCAGGAGAGAAGGCAACAACUUCCAACACGACAGAGGGGCAGCUGGGAAAGAAAAAGGCCAACAAGCGAAAACUGGGCAUCCUCGAGAGUGCAGUUAGAGAAUUCGAGGGGUCAGAUGAGUCAGGGGAUGAGGAUGACGAUGAAACUCCAGACCUGACUGAGAUUGCUGGCCCUCCCCCUGCACCAGUCCCAGGACCAGGCCGGGAGACCCAGACACCAGUAGCUGCCCCCCAGACAGGGAAUAUCUCUGCUCAGAUACAGCCCCAGCCUGCUGCCCAAGAGAAGAGCUCAGAGACCCAGCCUGAGGGCCAACUACCUGAUGCCAGUGGCCCCGCAAUGAGUGGAUCGGCCCCAAAUGCACCUGCAACGAGUAUCCAUGUCCCGAAAGACCCUGCUAUCCCGUCCACUUCUGCAGUUCCUCACCUGUUCCUGUUUGAGCGUGACUCCCAACAGGCGGAGGAAGAGGAGCCUUCCCAGCCCUUCACCCAACUCCAGCUCCAGGAGGCCAAGCAGCUGGUCCUCAGCCUGAUGAGGGAAUCCAAACUGGGGCUGGUCGCUGUCACCAAGGCACUCCUGAAAAACAGUGGAGAUGUCUCCGCUGCCCUGAGAGACCCACUGAUGAUGCCUAACGGGACGGAGUUCGGCAGGGCCCUCGAUGGGAACGUCAUGACGACCGCCUGUUGCUGUCAGCUGAUCCUUCGGAACUCCAGAAGAAGUUUGGGGAAGAGGGCGUGGCCAAGAGGAUGGCGUUCCUCGAUGCAGAGUGACAUUGGGGGUUCAAUAGUAUGCGACGUUGUGUUGUUCAGAACAAACCAUCGCACGUUUCCACCCCCCAAAAAUUAUACGCACCGUUCUUCAACAUUCUUUGAGGUAUGAUUGCUCCCGUUUGGUCGGUGUGGCCUGAUCAAUAUGGGACCGGCAUUACCAUUUUAAAAUCGCAAAAUUUCAUGCAGCACAAUAAACAAUCGCACCUCUGGGCUAACAAUAAUUACAAUGUUGUUUUCCGACUGAACGCGUUCCUGUGUUGUAUUAACCAAAUAGAUACAAACAGGAAGGACUACCUUAGCCCUUGAUCAUGACUGGCGGUUCAAUUCUAUUAUAAAAUAAGAGUCCUUGGACGAAGGCGUCUUCUGUACGGGAGAGUUUUGUUAAGAGUCCCGACGCUCGGUCUGAACAUUUAACACGCAUCGUUUUGCGGUACGGUUUUGGACGCAUAAGGACGUAUGAAAUUAUUUUUGACGUGAUAUGAAAGUAGGAGGGAUCUAUUUUUCUAGAACCGUACAGCAAUUGAGAAUCGAUUCAGGUUUAGACGGGAGUAUUUGGCUGUUCUGGCUUCCACAGCCACUUCACCUUUAAACAGAACAUGUGAGGUCCUUGGACUAAGGAGUAACGUUGGGCUCAUUAUAGUCAGUCCAUUAUUGGGCUAGGAAAUGCCAUGUAAGAUAGCACAUUUUAACUUGUAAUAUUUUAACUUUUGUAAUGUGUCUGUGGAAUUCAAAAUGUGCUAUUUUUUUUGCAAUAGUAAACAUGUAAUAGUAAACAAUAGUAAACAUGCUACAUAUGUGAAAUAUACUGUAUGCAUAUGAUGAUUUGUGACAAUCUGCCAUUGUAAUAAAAUAACUGAUGUAAUUCGCUUCAUAA